GGCAUCUAAUGGAUUUUCUGGAACGCUUUCUCCUUCGAUUACUAAACUGAAAUUUUUGGCUAGCCUGGACUUCCAGGAUAAUAGUCUAACAGGCCUGUUACCCAUUUAUCUUGCCAACAUGACACAUCUACAGAAUCUAAAUCUUGCAAACAAUAAUUUCAGAGGUCCUAUACCCAAUACCUGGGGUCAACUGUCCAAUUUAAAGCAUUUGGUAUUGAGGGGUAACCACAUAUCUGGACAUAUUCCGGAUUCACUUUCAAAUAUUAGCGGGUUGACUGAACUGGAUCUUUCAUCGAAUGAGUUAACCGGAAGAGUUCCAAUGCAAUUCUUUACAAUUCCAAAAUUCAAUUUUACAGGAGCACGUCUUGCUUGUGGUUCUAGCUUGAAGCAGCCUUGUGCUUCUGGCUCUGUUCUCCGAGUUUCAACCAAGAAAUCAAAACUUGGAACGGUUAUAACUUCGGCAAGUUGUGGUGUAACAGUAAUUCUUUUGAUUGGGGCUCUUUUCGCUUAUCGAUAUUAUCGCAUGCACAAACUAACACAUGAUGUCGUUGUUGAUGUUACAGGUGAAGAUGAGUGCAAAAUUUCCUUUGGCCAGUUAAGAAGAUUUUCUUGGCGUGAAAUUCAGCUUGCUACAGAUAACUUCGAUGAAAGCAACAUAAUUGGACAAGGGGGCUUUGGAAGAGUUUACAAAGGUGUCCUCUCAGACAAUGUAAAGGUUGCAGUGAAACGCCUUACAGAUUAUAACAGUCCUGGUGGAGAGGCUGCAUUCUUGAGAGAAGUACAACUAAUUAGCGUUGCAGUUCACAAGAAUCUUUUACGUUUGAUUGGAUUUUGUACAACUUCAUCUGAGAGAAUCCUUGUUUAUCCAUUCAUGAAAAAUCUUAGUGUUGCGUAUCGCUUGAGAGAUUUAAAACCUGGUGAGAAAGGCUUGGACUGGUCAACAAGGAAACGCAUUGCUUUUGGUGCAGCCCAUGGCUUAGAGUAUUUACAUGAGCAUUGUAAUCCUAAGAUUAUACACCGUGACUUAAAGGCUGCAAACAUUCUUCUAGAUGAUAAUUUUGAGCCCGUUCUUGGAGAUUUUGGGCUAGCAAAGCUGGUUGAUACAAAAUCAACUCACGUUACCACUCAAGUGCGUGGUACCAUGAGUCAUAUUGCCCCAGAAUAUUUGUCCACUGGAAAAUCGUCAGAAAAGACUGAUGUUUUUGGAUAUGGUAUCACACUUCUCGAACUUGUCACUGGUCAGCGUGCUAUAGAUUUUGCUCGGCUUGAAGAAGAGGAGGAUGUUCUUCUGCUUGAUCAUGUAAGAUUUAUAGUCUCCUACAUAAUUAGUUCAUUUCUCAAGUUUUCUCUGCCUUUCUCUGAAGAUUUAUAUAAUCCUUCAUGGGAUUGUUAG